AUGAACUGCCAGUGCGACCACCCCGCGCGCUACCUCAUCAGCCGUGAUGGCAAGCCGUGCUACACCUGCGCACUCGGGCGCUGCCGCUUCUACGCGCUGGCCCCAGUGCAGUGCGAGGGGUACACCCGCGUCACGCUGGGUUCCCCGGGAUGCCCUCUGGCCGACACUGGCGUUGUGCUGCGCUUUGAGGCGCUGGUACACCCGACAAGAAAGGACGUCGCGUGCUUCAUGAUUCGCGUGCAGGGGGAAGCGUCGAGGUGGGACACGCUUCGCCUUGCCGUGCUGCAGGAUUCUCAGUUUGAGGGCAUGUGGUACACCGCCGGACGGGCUUUCCUGUACCCCAUGGCGCAGUACACUCGCCUCGUCACCGCUCUCAGGGCCUGUUCACUGCCGCACGUGGCGUUCGAGGAGAUCCCUAGCUUCUACUUUCGCUGCGUGGAGCGGAUGCGGCAACUUCCACGGCAGUACGCGGAUGACGUGGCCGCUGGCCGCGCCUGCCUACCAGACGCAGAGGAUUGUGUGUACCGGCGCCUGAAACCGUUCCAGCGGGAUGGUGUGCGCUUCGUUCUGGAGCGCCACGGCCGCGCCAUGAUUGCCGAUGACAUGGGACUCGGCAAGACGGUGCAAGCCAUCGCCGUUGCUCACCACUACCGGGACGAGUGGCCGGUGCUGGUCGUGUGCCCCAUGUCGCUCAUGGAGAACUGGGCGAAGGAGUUCAACAAGUUCUGCGGUAUCCCCUUCGCGCGCAUCGCCAUCCUGCAAGGCGCCAAGGCAACGGCGACGAGCCUGCAGGCCGUCGCGAUCGUCUCCUACAGCUCCCUGAAGUGUGUCGAGAACGCCCACUUCAACGUUGUCAUCCUCGACGAGUCGCACUACAUCAAGGCUGGGGCGGCCAAGCGCGCGCAGCAGUCACUCAAGCUCUGCCGCGCGAGCCGCCGUGUCAUCCUCCUGUCAGGCACGCCAGCCAUGUCACGCCCCAUCGAGCUGUACGCGCAGCUGCAGGCCAUCCAGCCAAGCCUAGUGCCGAGCAAGGCCCAGUUCGGUGCGCGGUACUGCAACUCCUUUGUCGGUCGCUUCGGCAUCGACAUGACCGGUCACGCCCAUCCCGAUGAGCUGCACAGUCUGCUGCGCCACUUCCUGAUUCGCCGCACAAAGCACGAGCUCGGCAGUGAGUUGCCCUCCAAGUCUCGCCAACUGCUCUACAUGUACAUCACGGAGAAAGAAAAGAAGGCGCUGGAGAAGCAGAUUAUCGCCUUGCGCCGCAGCCUUAGCUCGACGUCGGCAGCAGCCACUAGCUCGACGUCUUCUCUCGUGGACAAUGGCGGGGGCGACUGGGCUGCGCGGGCACCAAAUGUAUUCGAGAUGAAGAUGGCCACCGCACGUGCCAAGAUACCCGCGGUGCAGGAUUACGUCAGCGGUAUUGUGGAACAGCACCUCGAUUCGGGUGAGAAGCUCAUCCUGUUCGCACAUCACCAGUGCAUGAUGGAGGCGCUCCGGAGCGCGGUCGAGGCGGUGCGGCCGCGCCAACCCAUCGACUACAUCUACAUCUCUGGCGACACGCCACCGGCGCAACGCGAGCCAGCGGCGGAGCACUUUCGAACAGAAGCGACGUGCACGGUGGCUAUCCUCUCCAUGCAGUCCAGCGGCAUCGGUCACAACUUCACGUGUGCGUCCACGGUAGUCUUCACUGAGCUGGAUUGGAACCCCAGCACCCACUUGCAGUGUGAGGACCGCGUGCACCGUAUCGGCCAGGCGCAGCCGUGCCACAUUAAGUACCUGCUGGCCGAGGGCACCUCCGACAGUGUCAUCUGGCCGCUGCUGCAGACGAAGCUGAGCGUGACCGCGGCUAUGUUCGAGACGUCGAAGAUGACUGGGGCGGAGGUGCGCCUGCACGACGGCGCCGACAAGCAGAAGGUGGCCAGGCGCGACGUGGUGGCCGCGACAACCUUGUCGACCCCGUCCGCAUCUCAGCAGAGCACGCUGGACCAGUUUAUGCAGCCGCAGCCGUCGCAAGCGGUGUCGAGGGGGGGCGAAGAAGUCGACGGGGCCGUUGUAUCAAUGCAGGAGUCCCCGCGAGUCAGCGUUCAUUCACAGUCGUCGACAGGACAAGCGGCACUCGCAUCGCUGGAAAGAGACCCGCCGCCGCUGAUUCCGUUCUCUGAGCUGGGCGACGACUUCGUGGUGACCUCUGCGCCGCAGUUGAGCAACUUCUCGACAUCCCGUCGGCCGCGCCUCUCUGCCAACAGUGGCAUCAGCACGACACAACCAACCGCGCUGCCCUCGUCGCCGUCUACAACGGUGCCUGGCCCCACACCAAAGAGCGCCAAUAUCACAUCUGUGCUCGAUCUCAUGCGUCACACGUCGUCAAGGAAGUUGGGUGCCGGGUCGUCUGCAGCGGAACCGUCCCAUUCAGUGCGCGCUGCUGCUGCGUCCCCGGUCGUGAAUCUCACUGGGAUGGCCUCAGCUCAGCCGGUAGCCAUGCAGCCGUCGUCACCGGGCGUCACGCCCCCAACGAUGGAUAUUACCGCCUCAGCCGGUGCCGUGGCCCCAUCACGUCGCACUGUCUUCACCUUAUCCAAAACGGGUGCGCAAUCCUUCAUAAGCACAGCGGCUGCAUCGACGCUGACGAGCAGCUGCUCAGGCAGCCGCGCUCUUUGCCCUGCGGCACCGCCGACAGUGCCAGAGGCACCGAAGACCGCCGCCGUGCACGUGCCGCUGCGACCCAAUCUGCACUUGAAGCGGCCACGGACUGGUGCUGAGCACGGCAGCGGCGGCAGUACCAGCAAGCGCGACAACGCCAUCAGUGGCGAUGCGAACGCCCUUGCAGCAACAGCCGUUGCACUAGCAGAAAUAAGCUGUGCAGUAGGGCCAGCCGCUGCUGCGACUCUUGCACCCCUUCCGCCCCGAACCACUCUGCCCGUGCAAACGCAGUCAGUGAUGGUGCACCCUAUCAUGCUAGCUGCGUCGUCGUCGUCGUCGUCGUCCUCCGCGCCAUCUCCUGUCACCUCCACGCCGCGAAGAACGCUUUUUAAGCUCAUGGGUAGCGCGUCAGGCGCUCCCUCUUCUCCCAUGCCUGCCAAACCGCAGUGA